AUGGCACAACCACGGGAAGAUUAUGAAAUGUAUGGGAAUCUCUCUCCCCUUACCAGCCCAGGAACCAAUGCUCCAGAGUUCUUCACGCCUGGAUCCCCGCCUGCGUUGAGGACAAAAUUCGGAUAUAGCUCGAUUCCGUCCCGGAGCGUCAGUCAACCAAGUACCAACACAGCGGUGGAAACAUGUUACUCUGGAACAAGUUCCAUGGAAAGGUUGGAGAGGGUUAGGUCGAAGGAGAUGCAGAUGAUGUGGGGAACAAAGAUACAUUGGUUUCUUCCGUCGACAAUGGUGACGUUGCUGUUUCUGGGUCUGCUGGGGGCGCUCGCGCAUCACUUGUUUUACCAGUCGUUGGAUGGGAAGGAAGCGAAGGAUCAGUUGAUGAUGAUGAGAAUUGGAACGGCGUUGGCGUUCUUUACGAAAGCCAUGUUGGUGGGGUCCGUGGUGGUUGCGUACAGACAACGUAUCUGGGAUACAAUGCGGCGAAAGCCACUUACUCUGCGGGGCAUUGAUAGUUUAUUUGCGGUAGUAGAGGACCCUACGCAUUUCUUUUCCCCCGAAAUCUAUAAGAAAGCCAAGCUAGCCACUGCAAUGGCAGUCAUCACCUGGAUUAUCCCACUUGCCUCCGUCCUGUCCCCCGCAGCACUCACCACCGAGCUAGCAUACAUCGUUGGCGGAAACAACAGCUGUGAGGUGCACACCGUGAACUUCACAUCCGAGAACAUCAAUGACUGGCGCAAACCCCGAUUCCGGGCCGGCGAAUCAUUGGCCUUCUGGAACGUCACGCCGACUUAUGAGGCGAAGGUCAAGGAUAAGAUAGAGUGGUUUGACCAGCCCAGCUUUAACGCUGUACGCUUGUUUACACUAACUACCAUGUCGCAUACAUUUAUUCCUAUGAAGUCACCGUGCAUGGGAUUCAAUUGCACUUGGGAGCUUGGUUUCGAGGGCCCGUGGUAUAACUGCACGAUGAAGAGAGGGGCGGAUCUAACCAAGGACCUGAACCCGUUGACGGAGAACGAUACAUUCGAUUCAUUGGCGCCAAAGGGGAACAAGAUGUAUUUCAUGGACGAGGACAGCGUUGAUUACCAACGACCGCAGAAAGGCUAUGAUUCAAACGAUAUUGGCAGCCAGGGAAUAUUCUACAACGAGCCAAAGAUCUGGCUGGGAUGGGUGACCAACACCACUAAUCGACUCUCUCCCGAGUCAGAGGGUUAUAAUUCGAGUUGGCCCUUUAAACUACACCAGCACCUCAUGCAGUGCGAGCUACAGCGGGCCCGCUACGAUAUUGAGUUUGAGUACAUCAACAAUGUCCAAGUCAACAAGCAGGUCAACAUCUCAAACGGCGUCGCAAUCAACCCACAACAGCGGGAGGUGCGCCCCGCGGACUCCAACUACAAGGAAUACGCCGCCUACCACGGGCUCGGCCAGCUUGCCCGGAAGCAGAUUGUGGGCAAGAUCACGCAAGACAACUACACCGAGCAAGUGCGCACAUUCUCGCUCAUCUCGCAGACAAAGCUCGUCAACCCGGACAGCGCCCUUGCCCGCCGCGACCUGCGCAACGCCUUCCAGACGUACUUUGAGGAAAUCAUCAUCUCCCUGCUGUCGGAGAACUACCUGGGGAUCAGCUACAACACAACCGUGGCCUGCGUCAUGCACCACACCCAGAACAACUUUCGAUACCAGGUCAACAGUUUAUGGAGUGGAUAUGCUAUCUCCAUCGUAAUGGCUCUCGCCUGUAUAAUCGUCGGCGGGCUAUCACUACGCUCCAACGGUAUCACAUCGGAUACUACGUUCUCCAAGAUUAUGGUCACAACCCGAAAUCGCACCAUAGAUAGGCUAGUCGAGGAAUACGAGGGCGUGUGCCUCGGCGGCGACCCCUUCCCGGAAGAGCUUAAGCGGAAGGAAUUUCAAUUCGGGGUCAUUGACGAGAUUUCGUCGACGGGGGCGAAUCUGAAGCAUGCGGCUUUUGGGGUUAACGACGAGGUGAUUCCGAUCCAGAAGGGGGACUCGUACGCGAGGGUAUCGGCGAGGGGGAGUCAUUACCAGAGAAGCAAUUCGUGGCUGGUGAGGUCCCCAGCGGUCAGUCCGGUGAAUACUAGGUUCGCCAGAGGGGUUAAUUGA